CCUAAAAAGUUCCAAACCCUAACCCUUAAACCGCAAACACUCUUCUCUCAUCAAGAUUACAGAUAAUUUUCAUCACGAAAAUCCUUGGAUCCGAAAACUUUACACAAGAGAAGAUCACCGAUCAUCGUCUGAAACUCAACGAUCAAGAUGGUGUUAGCACAGUUAGGGGGGAGCAUAUCCCGCGCUCUCCAGCAGAUGAGUAAUGCAACGAUCAUCGAUGAGAAAGUUCUAAGCGAAUGCCUCAAUGAGAUCACACGCGCCCUUCUUCAGGCCGAUGUUCAAUUCAAACUCGUCCGUGAUAUGCAGGCUAAUAUUAAGAAGAUCGUAAAUCUUGAUGAUCUCGCUGCUGGUCAUAACAAGCGUAGGAUAAUCCAACAGGCUGUUUUUAAUGAGCUCUGCACAAUUUUGGAUCCUGGAAAGCCAUCCUUCACCCCAAAGAAAGCAAAACCGAGUGUAAUUAUGUUUGUCGGCUUGCAAGGUUCAGGAAAAACUACAACUUGUACAAAGUAUGCAUACUAUCACCAGAAGAAGGGCUGGAAACCAGCUUUGGUGUGUGCAGAUACAUUCAGAGCUGGUGCUUUUGAUCAAUUAAAGCAGAAUGCAACUAAAGCUAAAAUACCUUUUUAUGGAAGCUAUACAGAGUCAGAUCCUGUUAAAAUUGCCGAGGAAGGUGUAGAAAGGUUCAAGAAGGAAAAUUGUGAUCUUAUAAUAGUUGAUACCAGUGGUCGGCACAAACAGGAAGCUGCAUUGUUUGAGGAAAUGCGCCAAGUUUCUGAAGCAACUAAACCCGAUCUCGUUAUAUUUGUUAUGGAUAGCAGUAUUGGUCAAGCAGCAUUCGAUCAAGCACAAGCAUUCAAACAGAGUGUUUCUGUUGGAGCUGUAAUUGUGACUAAGAUGGAUGGUCAUGCAAAGGGAGGGGGUGCUCUUAGUGCGGUUGCUGCCACAAGAAGUCCAGUCAUUUUCAUAGGAACUGGAGAGCAUAUGGACGAGUUUGAAGUUUUUGAUGUCAAACCAUUUGUUAGCCGUCUCCUAGGUAUGGGUGAUUUGUCUGGUUUCAUGGAAAAAAUUCAGGAAGUUGUGCCAAUGGAUCAACAGCCUGAACUACUGCAAAAGCUUUCAGAAGGGACCUUCACUUUGAGGAUUAUGUAUGAACAGUUCCAAAAUCUUCUCAAAAUGGGUCCUAUUGGUCAGGUUUUCUCAAUGCUUCCAGGAUUUAGCUCGGAAUUGAUGCCAAAAGGUCGCGAAAAUGAAAGCCAAGCGAAGAUUAAACGAUAUAUGACAAUAAUGGACUCCAUGACAAAUGAAGAACUGGAUAGUACAAACCCGAAGCUGAUGAACGAAUCAAGGAUAAUGCGGAUAGCAAGAGGUUCUGGGCGUCAAGUUAGAGAAGUAAUGGAAAUGAUGGAAGAAUACAAGAGGCUUGCGAAGAUAUGGAGCAAGAUGAAAGGUCUUAAGAUUCCUAAGAAGGGUGAAAUGAGUGCUCUAUCGAGAAACAUGAACGCUCAACACAUGAGCAAAGUUCUACCGCCGCAGAUGCUCAAACAGAUUGGCGGAAUGGGCGGUUUACAAAACUUGAUGAAGCAAAUGGGUUCGUCGAAAGAUAUGAUGAGUAUGUUUGGAGGUGGUGACAAGUAAACUAAAUUCAAGAGCUUUGGAUUUCCCAACUAACUAACUGUUGAAUGUUUUGUUAUACAUUUAUUGUGAAUUAUGACCAUGAAAAUCUACAUUCUUUUUUUUAUGUUUGUCAAAAUGAUCAUUAUUGAAAUAAUAAUUUACAC